UAUUUUUUAUUUUUUUUUUACAAAAUCCUUGUGGCAAUCCCUGCUCUUUAUGUGUAGAUGAAGACUUGUUUGCCUUAACUUUACUCAGACUACAAGCAUGAGCUCUUCUGGCUUCUGAUGAGCUCAUUUUCUUCCCUUCAGAGCUUUCCAAGGACUACAGAGAGGAGCACACAGAGCAUAAGGAGAAAUACAAACCAGGUAAUUUCCAACGGUGAAGGCAAGCAGAUGAAUAGCAGAGUUAUCUUGCUGGUGGCAUUGCCCAAGGAGCCUAGAGUAGGAACAGUUUCAGACUGAGCUUGUGUGGAUCAGUCUUUGUUGUCUUGCUGGAAGAAGCUACCAGCUUUCAGCAUAGCCACAGCCCUCCAGGACAUCGUCUGUGGAACCAGCUGACAGGACCUACCUGAGGCUUGCAGGCACAGCAAUGGAGAACUUGAAUGUCCUACUCCCAGACCUCACUGAAGAGCAGCAAGACAUUUUCCGGAGGGCUUUUGCUGCUGAUGCCAGUUACUUGCAGAAUCAUGAGAAAACAAACAAGUCCUUCUGGGAAUCACUUGUAAAAUGUUUAGCUGCUAUCGAUCCGCCUGUCCUGAGUACUGAAGACAAGAAUCUCAUCAACAACUGCAAUGUCCCACUUGCAGCCUGCCUGAAAGCCAUAGAAGAGGAAGGAGUGAGGGCCAUGACUGUUCUCUACCUCUUGCUGAAGACAAGGAAUCCACCUGGAUACAGGCAGCUGCCCAGCUCCAAGGGAAAGGAUGAAAAACUGAAACUCCUGAAGAGAUUAGAAAGGAAUCUUGUGCAUUCACAAGGGGAUAAAAAGGCUGAAAACUCAUCCCAGGAGUCCACGGAUGAAGAUACACAAGACAGUGAUGGGGAAGAUUUAGGAAGACAGAAGACUGAAGGCCAAUUACUUGGAGGUGUACCAGCAGAGGUCGUUCCCUACACAGAUUCAGCGAUUACCAGAAGAGAAGAUUCAGUUGUAGAUGCAUAUGAGGAGAACACUCACCUCCAUCAGUGGACAGUUCGAUGGAUGGGCAUACGUAAAGAUGAUGAAUUCUUUCAUUUUGUAAUUCUUUGCUUUGCAAUUGGAGCUUUACUAAUUUGCUACUACUACUACAAAGAUUGGACUAUUUCUCUUGGAACUGGUUUGGUCACCUUUGCUUCCUUGGAAACCACUGGGAUCUACUUUGGUCUAGUGUACCGAAUUCGGAGUGUACUUAACAGCUUUGUUCCUCUGAUCGACAAAUUCAGGCUAACAGGUAUGAGGAAGGCUGACUAGGAGGAGUAUUUCAGGAGAGUUCCACAGAACCCUGCUGUCCGAAUUUCUAGUAUUAAAGAGCUGCUUUGUGAUGUGAACACAGAAACCUAAUGGCUAAUGUGAAAUAAUUAAAUGUUAAACCAUAGAAAGACAUCAUUCCUUCCCCACAAAAAUAAAGCUCAAACUUCAGUACAGGG